ACUGCUUGGUUUCCAAAAAACUAAUUUUUAUAAGGUUAAUGAACAUGAAAAUAUGAACACACCACAGAGACCAAAAUGAACGAUACUUUUUCUCCUAGAAAAAUCACCAUGUCUUCCUCCAGACUGGGGCUCUGUUUGGCUGCCUGUUUACUAAAUAUUUCAGAAGCCAGAAGGAAAUACAUUGUUGAGAACAUAGCAAAAGCAGCUCUUCUUGAAAAAAAUGGGCACAGGUAUCCUGAAGUAUCAGUGCUCAAUAUAUUUUCAUUUCCUGAUCAAGACUACAACAGAUCAAUCAAAAUAGCAGCUUCUGUUAAUUAGUUAGGCAAUUCUGUUUUGGCUGCCAGCGUGGAGGCUUUUAAGUCUGUGAAUAUGGAGGCUCAAGAGGGGAUCCCUUGCCUGGGAGCAGUGGACCUCAUUCCCAUUUACACUCUAUCUCGUGUACAAGUGGACAAGUGUGGAGCUGUGGCCUAAGUAAGAGAAAGUUUAGGGUAGUGUGUCAUUCCUGGUUGGAAACCAUUUUUUUUUUUUUAAACAAAUCAGAACAGUUUGUGACAAUAUAAUCAUUCCUCAAUUCCCUGGAAGAGUCGACCUUGAAGAAUUAUAUCAAUAAUAGGCUUUCAUGGGUUGCAGUGCAUACCGUGACUUUGUGACUUCUCUCUCCACUUUCCACCCCAUGACACUAUGGAACACUAAAUGCCGUGGGAUGGGGGCAAAUCAACCAUUUGUCCCUUACAGAUUUGCCAUAGAUCAUGAGGAAAAACAACAGUAGUUUCUAAUGAGUUCCUUAGAUUCUUCAAGGCAGAACAAUGGUGUGUUUGGCCCAUCUGUGUCCUAUUUUCUUGAGCAGGGGUAAUGAUGAGGUUGAAAAACCACUUAAAUGUUAACUCCUACCCCUUUUUCCUCUGAUUUUUUUCUUUCUUUCCCUACGUACAACUCUCUUUAAGAUUUGCUUUGGAACUGAACUGUCACAUGCUUGAUUUCAGCCCCAGGGGUAAGUUUAAUUUGGAAAAUUUGAGCUAUGUCACUUGAGGUGUUUUUGAAUUAGGCAAAUUGGGAGAAAAGAAAGACCUUUUGCCUGGACUGUCUAGCUGCACCGUGGUUAAUUACGAGAUGCAGAGGCUCAUAACCUUUGGGGGAAAGUCCGCCUUAGGAUAAUUGCAUUCUUCUCUGUAUGACCUCAGAAAUCCCUGUAUGAUGUUGCCUCAUGUAUUUCAUACUGAAUUGUCUAACAUUUGGGAUGUAGAUUUGGACUCUGAGCUACAUCAAGUACUGGCACUAGUAAAAGAGACUUGUUUCCAGAGGAGCACCUCACCACUUG